GGAGCUCAAUCUGCAAACGUCUCCGAUGGCUCUCUUCUUCAAAUCCGACCUAUUUUCCCCCCUCGGCCUCGCUUCUCUUUCUUUCCGAUUCCCAACUUCUUCUUCCUCACUCUUCGAUUCCCGAAUCAUUCCAGCAACUAAAUUGUCCACAAAACAAACCGCAAUCGCCUGUUCUUCACUCAAUUCCGGGAAUGACGAAAACUUCCAAGACUCCUCCAAUUCCAACGGAUCAUUGAAUAACCGAAGAUUAUCCAAACAGUCCUCUUGGGAAGCCAAAGACGAGGAAGGCAACGAUUACCUUUACACGCUGGGUAAAGAGUCGGAUAAUAUGAACAUUGCUGUUGGAGCUAGAGCUGGCAUCAUCGAUGACCUCUUCGCCGGCAAUUUCCUUGGGAAAGAUUCUGAUAUUGUGUUCGAUUACAGACAGAAAGCUACAAGGUCGUUUGAAUAUCUGCAAGGCGAUUAUUACAUUGCGCCGCUCUUUAUGGAUAAAGUUGUGUGCCAUAUCGCGAAGAACUACCUUGCUCAUCUGCUCAAUACGAAAGUACCACUCAUCCUAGGCAUUUGGGGUGGAAAAGGGCAAGGGAAGUCAUUUCAAACUGAACUCAUUUUCCGGGCCAUGGGAGUUGAACCUAUUAUCAUGUCUGCUGGUGAACUGGAAUCAGAAAGAGCUGGAGAACCAGGAAAAUUGAUACGUGAACGGUAUAGAACUGCUUCUCAAGUGGUUCAGAACCAAGGGAAAAUGAGUUGCUUGGUUAUCAAUGACAUUGAUGCUGGUCUUGGAAGAUUUGGUAAUACCCAAAUGACUGUCAAUAAUCAGAUUGUUGUUGGGACACUGAUGAAUUUGUCUGAUAACCCUACGAAGGUAAGUAUUGGGCAAGUCUGGAAAGAAUCAGAUGUUACAAAGAGGAUCCCUAUUAUUGUUACCGGAAAUGAUUUUUCAACAAUAUAUGCGCCGUUGAUUCGAGAUGGAAGGAUGGAAAAAUUUUACUGGCAGCCCACCCAUGAAGAUAUUCUGAAUAUUGUUCACAGGAUGUAUGAGAAAGAUGGCAUGUCAAGGGAUGAAGUUGGAGAGAUAGUGAAAUCAUUUCCUAAUCAAGCCUUGGAUUUUUAUGGAGCUUUGAGAUCUCGAACGUAUGACCGGUCAAUCUUAAAGUGGGUUGAGGAUGGUGGAGGGGCCGACAACUUGGGCAAAAGACUUUUGAAGCAAAAAAAGGAUGGAAAACUUCCAGUUUUUACUCCGCCAAAGCAAACCAUAGAAGCUUUACUGGAAUCAGGGCAUUCUCUUGUCAAAGAACAAAGGCUGAUAAUGGAGACAAAGCUUUCAAAGGAAUACAUGAAGAAUAUUGAUGACUAACCGAAAAACGAAUCUCAGUGAAUGCAGCAACAUUCUUUGUACCCAUCUCGUUAGGGAACGUAGUAUCCUUGCAGAAAACAUGGUUAUAGUGGGUAUCUGUAAUGUUUGUUAAUCUUAUCAAGCUCAUGGAUUUAGGUGAUCAGUUGAUUUCCUGAUCCCAUGAUCCUUCCAGAGCACAGCUUUCGUUCCCAGUUCAUCUAUGUAUAUGUUGUUAUCAGGCGGUUUUGUGCUCUCCAUGGAGUUGCAUGUACAUUUACUGCUAUUAAGAAAAUAACUGAAUUACAGCC